AAAACAAUAAUUAAAACAAAGAAAAUUAGAAGCAAACAACAAAAAAACACACACGCAUGCAUUUAUGCAGCACAAGGUCACAUACCAACAAACACACACUAACACUGCGGCACCUACACGGCGUAUGAACAAUUAAUUAAGUGCAGCGCUUGGAGUGAAUGCUGAACAACAAGCAUAACAACAACAACAUCAACGGCAAAAAGAUGGUGGACUUAAACACAUGUCCACCUACGCCACCGGGUGGUGAACGCUCGAAAAUUAAAAGCUUUAUGGGCCGUACUCCCGGCAUUGGUAUAUUGAAGUCGAAAUUUCUAACAGUGCUGGGAAAUAGCAAUGAGCUGCUUAACGGUAUUUCGAAUAAGCUUACACUCAGCAUGAGCUCUAGCGAAUCGGAGUACUGCGAUGAUGACGAGGAGGUUCCUACAUUUGAUGAGACGAUUGAUUAUACGAAAAUAGAUUACGAGUUUCGACGCAUUAAGGCGCGGAGAGCGCAUGAAGAGAUCAUAUCAGGUCGGUUUCGAUAUCCCAACUUAUUACCUAGACCACGCUUGGAGGCUUCCCGCACCAGCGCACGUGAUAAAAAUAAACGUUCCGAUUCGAGUUCCUCAACUUCCAGCUCUACAUCGUCUUCAUACUCGCCGCCUGUUAAUCGUUCGCAUGUUAGUAGCACUACACGCUCCAAUUCCAUCGAGUCACGCCACUCAGGUGGUUAUGGACGUCCGGGACGCGCCAUACCCGGUGCACGACGUAGCGAACUCGACAUACAAAGAGAUUUAUCACGCAUUACGGACUUGUUGAGCGUGAAUGCCAGCGCACCGCAUAUUGAUGUGCAACCGCCAUCGGAUCGUGAAUGCGCCAAUUCGACUGAACAGCGCAGCCAUCCCACGCACUUGCAUAUGGAUACAGCAGCCAUGACACAAUCGGGCACCAGUAUGGUGGUGCCGCCACGCAGUCGCAACUCGAAUAGCAGCACUGUGACCAGUUUGCGCGAUGAUCCUGAUGUGCAAGCGAGUCCCAGUAUCGAAUCUACCGAUUGGCGUAAUUUCAUACGUUCAGAGUCGCAGAACUCAGUACCUUCAUGGGCAUCAUCCAUCAGUUUGGACUGCCGCGCUGGCGAGGAACCGGUCAAGGAGUUCAUGAAACGUUUCAUUGAGGUGCUUUUUUCGAACGCCUCAGCAAUUGGACUGGAGUUGAAAGCGGAGUUUGGCGCAUUGGCGCGCAUCGAUGCGGGGCGACAGUGGUUUACACGUUUCCUGCUCGAACAGAAGACCAAAGCGAAGCGUGUAGACGAGGUGACCUUCCAUUCGCUGGUGCAGUAUUUCGCCAUCGUCUUAUUUGAGUGUGGUGAGAGUGAAGACUACUCACCGGCGGCGUUAAUCAUGAAUACCUGCUUUAUAUUCUACAAUGAAAUUGAAGUUCCUGGCUGUGAACCGUAUCGCCAGUAUCUCUACAUUUUUAUGCGUCAGCAACCGAUAUGGUAUAGUCAACGUUUUUGGGGCGCCGCAUUUUUCGAGGCUGUGCAAAGUGAACGCGACCAUCGUUUGGCAAUGCGUAAGCGACGUGCUGAAAGGAAGCAACGUAAUAAAGCACAAUUCAUAACAAAGAUAGCGGUCGAGUCCAAUUUGACUGAGCAUGCGCCAGCUGAGGCAACGAAUGAGAUUGCAUUGUCAACGGAUGUACCAGUUGAUGGGGAAAUCGCUUCCACGUCCAGUUCCUCACAUCAUGGUAAUAAUGUGGCCUUAAAGGUGCUGUCGACGAAGAAAUCCGCUUCACAGACCAGUGCCGAAGAUACCUCAGCGGUUGGUGGUGCUGGUGCUUCGGCUGAGUCCACAGCUUUGGUGGGUGCGUCGAGCGUGGCAGCAACUGCUGACAAGCAGCAUACACAUCUCGAUCCGCAUUCCAUCGAGAAUAUUGUAUUUCGACAACUGGGGGCCUUCACAUGCAACAUGCACUCAUUGGGCCUACCUCAAGAUAUGUGCCUAGAAUUUUUGAAGAAACAAUCGGCAACGGCAAGCCAUACUUUAUCAAAGGAGAAAACCAAACUCAUCAAGGAUAAUAUAUUGCGCAUGUACCAUGAAACCGAUUCAUGGGGCGCUAAGGUGUCCUGAGUUAUUUUAUCCGUUAACUAAAAUAUAUUAACUUCAACAUUCCAGUAGUUAGUUAAAUUCUAUUAAAAUUAAAACUAGUUACAUUUCUAACGAAAAUUAUAAUAGGUAAAAUUAAUACUAAUAUAUACUUAUACUAUUAAUAUAAAAAAGUAUUUAAGUAUUUUGUUAGGGGUGUCCUUAAUUGUAUUAAUUUCAUAUUUGUGCAUUCUUCAAAGAUGUUUUGUGUGUACAGGCUGGUCCAAAUAAACAGUGGUUUCGUUUUUAAUUAAGCUCCGUACAAUUUGCCAAUUCUCAUUUACAAAUGAGGACACCCCUAAUGUACAGAUAUAUGUAUAUAAUAUAGAAAUAUUUAUAUAUUAUAGAACUUUUUAAUAAUUCGUGUAAGCAAGGUUAAAGUAAAGAAGGAAUGUGGUUGUUAGAACUUUAAUUUUUUUAAUCUAAUCAUUAUGACGGCGUGAUAUGUGAAAACAUUUCAAUAAUUAAAGAACAAAUGCAACUCAUAACCUACCCUAAUGUACACAUACAAUACAAACUUAUAAAUCUUUAUGGUAAUAAAACGGAGGAAUAUCAGUGCAUAUAUUAUUAUAAACAAUUUGCAAUAUCAAAGGAAAUUGUGAUAUAAAGAGUUUAAAAUUUUUCAAAAAGAACUAUCAAAAAUUAUUUCGACUUACUUGAUUAUCUUUAAAAGCUACGCGAAUAUGUUUAUAACCUAUUAGUAAAUAUUAUAUAAUUUUGAAUUUUAAUAAUAUUUAGAAAAUUAAUUAUAGCAAAAUUCACUGAAAUUGUACUAAGAAACCAUACUGUAUGAGUUUAAAACAGAAGCGUCGGAAACUUAAAUUGUUGGACAUUAAUUUUAUUCAUAAUUGAUUGAAAUAUUUUAUUUAAAUUUGUGAUUUCCAUUAAUUUUUUUUAACUUUUUUUUAAAUUUUUAUUUAUUUUCCAACAGAAGGAGCGAUGGAAUUUAAAAUUCAAUUAUAAUCUUAGUAUUUUUUUUGGAAAUUAUCAAAUGUAUGCUGUUGUGAGAGCGAUCGAGGAACUGCAGCUGUCUGUCAAAAACAGCUGUUAUUACCAAAUGACAGCUACGCACUGAGGUGAAAGUCAAAUUACAUGCAUUUUGACAGCUUGUAGAAAUGUCAGUUUGGAAAUUCCUAAGCUACAAAUUAAUUUUAAGAAAGUAAAUUCGAUUGAUCGCUGAAACCGGUUGUAAAGAUGCGAUUUUUAAAGAGUAUUUUUUAAAUAUAUCAGCUGGUCGUUAAGCUUAAGGUUGAAGGUCAAGUGAAACUAUAGUUGGCCUCAGCUUCAUUUUUAAACUUUCAUAUCAACAAUUUCAAAUUGAAACGAUGUUGUCAUAAAACUUGUUGACUUUUUAUGCGAACAGACUAAUUAGCUAAUUCAUUUAUGUUUUAUCAAGAGAAAAUUAAUUGAAUAGCAAGAAAUGAGCAGUAUAAUCAAGAAAAGUUUUCAAGUCAAGUACUUAAUCAGAAGAAAUUAUUAUUUUUAUACUCUCGCAACAAAAGUUGCUAAAGAGAGUAUUAUAGUUUUGUCCACAUAACGGUUGUUUGUAGGUCCUAAAACUAAACGAGUUAGAUAUAGGGUUAUAUAUACCAAAGUGAUCAGGGUGACGAGUAAA